AUGGUCCAAGAACUCGCGAAUGAAAUUUACAAUCACAGCAUAGCGGGAGACUUCACCACGCGUCGGCCAGGGGGAUAUGACAGCAGUCUCGCCGCCGGUGCGGACCGGUUUAUAUGGGAGAAUCCGGAGAUGCUGGUUGUUGUCGCGGCUGGCAACUCUGGCCUUAAGGAAAGCCCUUACGGUCAAAUACAGGAUGUAGCAGUUGCUAAGAACGUCUUGACGGUAGGUGCCUGCGAAACAAAAAAUCCUUUGAAAUGGCGCCCAGAGGGCGGAGGGCAGCUCAGGUACCACAGGUUUUGUCGAGAUGGCAACCCGAGCAAAAUGGCCUCCUUCAGUAGCCGUGAUCCAGCAUACACGAACAACUCCAUUGUGCACCAACCUCCGUUUCGCUGGAAGACCGACGUUGUUGCACCCGGUGUCGCCAUCUUGUCCACCAAAGCCCGUGGCAGAGCCGCUCUGGGUUCGAAAUUCGGUUCCUCGUGGGACGACGAUUAUUUCUUCGACAGUGGAACCAGCAUGGCCGCGCCCAUGGUGGCUGGAGCUGCAGCACUUCUGCGUGAGGCAAUUCAGGAAAGACGCGGAAUUACACAACCAAGUGCUGCGCUGCUCAAAGCGAUCCUUAUCAAUACAACCGAUGACCUCAAAACCAGCGACGACCCUGCUGCCUCGCCCCCCCGAGCAAUGCCAGCGGAUGGAGGCGGGGCUCCAGCUCCAGCUCCAGCUCCAGGAUCAUCAUCAGGAGGAGCCGCCCGACCCGCUCCGCCGAGUGUAAAUCCGGCUCCUGACGCCGUUCAAGGCUUUGGCCGCGUUAACAUCCCUAGAGCCAUCCUACUUGCCAUGGACACCAAAGUGGGUACCUGUUAUGACCGCCAAUCCAUCACGGCCGACAUUCCGGGCGGUCUCCCUCUCGCAUCGUCGGAGUUGGAACCGGCAGGCUCUAGCCAUCGGUACACACUCCCAAUACCCCCGGGUGUCACGUCAACAUUGGCGGUGACAAUGUGCUAUGCAGACAGCCCAGGCACGGCCUUGCAGAAUGUCAUCUCCCUCAAAGCAACCUCUGGCGCCAUGACUCAUUAUGGAAACGACACCGCCUACCAAGUUCCCGACAUUAGGCCACCCCUCAAUACGCCCGACCAACGCAACAACGUCCAAAAAAUUGUAUGGGAUCGUGUUCCAGGUACCGUUGAAGUGGUGGUGUGGUGCUCUCAUUUCGAUCCUUCCGGAGCCAGGCCCUUGACCUUCGCAAUCGCUUGGAUCAUAACGACGAGGACUUAG